CAACUCCAAUCCAAUCCUAAAUUCAUAGAGAAAUCUUACAUCAAAAAGCAGGAACCAUGAGAUAUUCAAAUAGAGUUUCUAAAUUCUCCCUUAUAUUUCUUGUUCUUGCAAUCUCCAUUGCAGCUUUGGCAAGAGCUCAAGAAGUUGAUGAUGAAAGAGAGUUCAGUUACGACGAAAAAAGUGGGAUCGGGCCAUCGCGUUGGGGAGAGAUCCGGCCCGAGUGGAAGGAUUGUAACGCGGGGGAAAUGCAGUCUCCCAUUGACUUGCUUAAUGAGAGGGUUCAAAUAGUUUCCCAUUUGGGAAAAUUACGUAGAAGUUACAAACCUGCUAAUGCUACUCUCAUCAAUAGAGGCCAUGAUAUGAUGUUAAGAUGGACAAAUGAUGCCGGGAAUAUGCAAAUAAAUGGAAGCUUAUUUCACCUCAGGCAAUGCCAUUGGCACUCACCUUCCGAACACACUCUCGAUGGAAGAAAGUUCGACAUGGAGGUUCAUUUGGUUCACGAGAGCGACGACGGUCGCACGGCUGUAAUCGGAAUCAUGUACAAAAUUGGACGCCCGGACUCCUUCAUAUCACUGUUAAAACCAGGGUUUAAAGCAUUGGGUGAAACAGAAGAUAUCGAAAAAGCUAUUGGUAUGAUUGAUCCAAACUUGAUCAAGUUCGGGAGUAGAAAAUAUUAUAGAUACAUCGGUUCACUUACGGUUCCACCUUGUACUCAAAAUAUCAUAUGGUCUAUUGUAAGAAAGGUGAGGACGGUGACAAGAGAACAAGUUAAAUUGAUCCGGGAGGCUGUGCACGAUACAUUGGAAAUAAAUGCAAGGCCAAUCCAACCUACCAAUGGGCGUUCCAUGGAGCUCUACAGGCCAAAUGAUAUUAAGAAUUGAGGAUUAUUUGAAUAAUUUAUAUUGAGUAUAUGAUUUAUUAUAGUUAUUUUAUGUUCCUUUAUUUACCAUGUAUUGUUUGCUCACACGGCUGGUUUUGGUUGUGUAUAUUUGUUUAUUUGUUAUCAUAUGUCCUAUUUCAAUAAACACAUUAUUAUUAUUA